UCCCUUCUAUUAACUUCAGUUAGAGGACCAAUCACAACAGUAAAAUCUUGUCCAUCUGAUUGGCUCUACACAGAUGGGCCGGGGUCAGGAUUCACAUUUGAACUUGUUCACAUUUUUGUGUGAGUGUUUUGGGACAGUAAUUUCAGCACAGUUAAAACAUUUCUGCGAGAGAGAAGGGAAUUUACCACAGUUCAUUUGACUACAUCUGGGUAAUACUAUUUCUAAGCCCUCUGGCAAAUACAGUCAGUAAUCUUCUCAAAUCCAUCGUGUUCCUUGGUGUUUCUCUGAUUAAUUUUGAGGAUUAGCAAUAAUCCCUUUCAUGUGUAAUAAACUGCAGUAGUACUGAGACACUGAUCAGACCACUACAGAGAGAUGAUACCUCAUCUUAUGCUGAUGAGGAAGUAAAGCAACAUUUGCUGUUGGCACAUCAUCACACACCAUCACAGCGUGGGCUGAUCUGACGAUGUAUCUGGGAGAUCUUUUUCUCAGAAGAGCAGAUUGAGUUGUCAGCAGAAUGACAAUGGAAAAUGUUGUAUUGAGCGCCUUCACCAGUGGCACACACAAUUCCUCAUUACUGCAAACACAUAUUGAAGUAUUGAGGCAGCACUAACAGGAGACAUUGAGUUGUCUUACUGAUGUAACUCUGUAGCUGCUUUUGAAAAGUGACAUAUUUGAUCUAAUGUUGUUGCCCAAACAGAAGUGAAGCUUGAAGAUUGAUCAGCAUCUUGAAGACCUCAGCCAUGAGCUCCACCGUGAUGUGCGGCAGAGAGACACUAGAAAACGCUGAGUGCAACACUGACAUCGGGAGCCCCGUCAGGAUCGAGCCUCGCAGGAACACCAUUCCCCCAGCGCAUACUCUCACCGCUAAACAUCUGCUGGCAUACCUGCCCAGACCACAGCCAGAGUCAAAAUGUUACACUCCUUACACUUUUAAGGGUGCAGCUAAAUCUACUGUUGCUUCCAUUAUGAUUACAAAAAGAACUUCUCUUAACCACAACUUGAACUACGUAAACUGCUCAUCAAUCCCACCAUCCCAGGAGGCUUCUCCCUCCCAGACCCGGAGCCCCUGCAGUCAGUCCUCCCAGGCUCUUACUUCAGCUAAGCAAGAGUCCCCCGAACAGCACAGCAUCCAAGUAGCUCCCCUGGAAGCAGUGGAAGAGACCCCAAAGCCUCAACGUUUGCAUCGCAGCAAACGCCUCAAGCGUUUCAGCUCCAGGUGGCAAUCAAGAGGAUCCACCAGCAGCAACAGCGGUCCUGUCCUUCCAAUAGAGAAGCAGCAUGUUGUAAAGAGUCACAAGAAGCGCUGUAAGCUGCUGGGUGAUGAGCACUCAUUGCAUGUCACUGCAAGCAAUCAACGUCAACGCUACGUCACCAAGGAUGGCAAGUGCAGGGUCAAUCUGGGACCUAUUGAAGACAAGAGUCGCUUUCUCUCUGAUAUUUUCACCACAUUAGUGGACCUCAAGUAUCGCUGGUUCCUGCUUGUCUUCACUAUGUGCUACAUUCUCACAUGGGUGGCCUUUGGUGGAAUCUACUUUUUAGGUGCCUGGUUGCGUGACGACAUUGCACAUAUUAAUGACCCUCAGUGGCAGGCAUGUUACGAGAAUGUAGACAGUUUCCUCUCAGCCCUGCUGCUGUCAUUAGAGAGCCAGAGGACUAUCGGGUAUGGCUAUAGGAUGGUGACAGCUAGAUGCCCUGAGGGUACGGUGCUCCUCAUGGUGCAGUCCAUCCUCGGCUCCAUCAUCGACGCUCUGAUGGUUGGCUGCAUGUUUGUUAAAAUCUCCCGGCCGCAGCAGAGAGCUCAGACACUUAUCUUCAGCAAGCACUGUGUCAUAUGCGAGCGUGACGAGAAGCUGUGCAUGCUCUUCCGCAUUGGCGAUCUGAGAGAGAGCCACAUGGUGGACGCCAAGAUCCGGGCCAAGCUGAUCAAGUCCAGGCAGACCAAGGAGGGUGAAUUCAUCCCACUGGAGCAGUCAGAAAUCAAUCUGGGCUACGACACCGGUGGAGACAGGCUGCUCUUGGUGGAACCCCAGACCAUUACCCACGUCAUCAAUGAAAACAGCCCCUUCUGGGAGGUCGGGGCUGAGCGUUUGAAGAGGGAAACCUUUGAGAUCAUUGUCAUUCUGGAGGGCAUUGUGGAGGCAUCAGGUAUGACAUGCCAGGCAAGGACUUCCUACACAGAGGAUGAGAUCCUGUGGGGCCACCGGUUUGAGUCGUGCAUUUCCUUGGAGAAAGGGGCAUUUCGUGUGGACUACAGUGCUUUUGACAAAACCUUUGAGGUCCAAAUGUCCCUGCUCAGCGCUAAAGACAGGAGCUCAGCAACAGAACAAGAUGCUUUGUUUUAGAAACUGUUCACAAAACAGUUAUUGUUUCUGUACAUUCAUAUUGCUAUAUGAAUGACAGAAGUGAUUGUGAUAUUCCCUGAUAAACCAAAACACUCAUGCUUCAUGAUAUUGAUCUCAGGGUAGUCACUAUUCCUGUUUUUCAUGUGUGUAUUAAGGUUGCUCUGUGUUUUUACUAUAAUAUGCCAUUUGAUCUAUGUUACAUUAUG